AUGAAGGCGCUGCUACAUCGAGCACAUCUGCACCGCUGGGACGCACUGAAGAAAUCGUUCGACAGUAUUUUCGUCUGGCGCUACCAUGAAGAAGAUCCAGAUGCCCAAACGUACGUCGUACGUUAUCUGGCCAUCGCGGAGCUGCUGAACGAGGGGACUGUGGUACGCCCGCAAGGGGAUUUCCAGAUUCGACCAUACGCCGACCUACUUUAG